AUGUCCAUGCUCGUCACCUACACCCCGGUGGGUGCCCGGUCCCAGCGGCUCGGGCUCGGGACCCCCAUCCGGCCCACCGCCUCCCCAAGCCGGCGUACGGCCCACAUUCGGGCUCGUGCCGCCGCAAAGAGCUGGAGCAGCAAGGAUGUGUCCCCUCCUUCCUCGGGCACACACUUCUUGCACCUGGACGACUUCUCCAAGGAGGAGCUGGUGCACAUGCUACAGACGGCCAAGGAUGCCAAGGCAAUCCUAAAGUCUGGGGACCAGAGCUUCAAGCCAUUCAAGGGCAAGACCAUGGCCAUGAUCUUCACCAAGCCCAGCAUGCGCACGCGGGUGUCCUUUGAAACAGGCUUCACCAAGCUGGGGGGAAAUGCCGUGUACCUGGGACCAGACACCAUUCAGCUGGGCAAGCGUGAGCCAACCAGGGACAUUGCCCGGGUCCUAUGCAGGUACAACGAGAUGAUCAUGGCCCGCCUGUUUGGGCACCAGGAUCUCAUCGACCUGGCCCAGUACUCCGACUCCCCAAUCAUCAAUGGCCUCACAGACUACAACCACCCCUGCCAGAUCAUGGCAGACAUGCUGACGGCUUGGGAGCAUCUAGGACGGCUUGAGAACCUCAAGAUUGCGUAUGUGGGCGACGGCAAUAACAUGGUGCACUCAUGGAUGAGGCUGGCCUCCCGCAUCCCCAUGGAGUUUGUGUGCGCAUGUCCCGAGGGCUUCACCCCCGACCCGGCCACGAGGGAGCUCUGUCAGGCCACGGGCGUCAGCUCCAUCAGCAUAAGCCACGAGCCGUUUGAGGCGGUGAAGGGCGCAGAUAUCGUGUACACCGAUGUCUGGGCCUCCAUGGGUCAGAAGGAGGAGGCGGAGGAGAGGAAGCGUCAGUUCAAGGGUUUCCAGGUGAAUGAGGAGAUGAUGAAGGCGGCAGGUCCACAGGCCAAGUUCAUGCACUGCCUGCCUGCCGAGCGUGGCGUGGAAUGCACAGACGGCGUAAUGGAGGCAGAGUACUCCAUUGUAUUCGACGAGGCAGAAAACCGCAUGCAUGCCCAAAAUGGCAUCAUGCUGCAUGCCAUGGGUCUGUCCUGA